AAAAAGUCAGCAAGGCAGAGAGAUAUAUCUUUCCACGAAAUUGAAAAAUUUGAGGUAUCUCCCGAUUCCCAAAUCUUGAUCGACGAUCGAAAGGGCCUCUAAUUUCUCACUGACUUCUCUCAACUCUCGAAGAACCAUUUCUCCAUCUUCCUUGAUCUCAUCUGAGUUGGUGUUAUCUCUAAAUGAGGAAUCCACAUAGCAAUGGAGAAGCUACGGGCGAGAACGGCUUCGGAGAUGGCGUUAUCUUAGGCCUUGAUGGUGGCGCCACCUCAACUGUUUGCGUUUGCGUUCCAUAUUUCUCGUUCGGAGAUCGUUUCCCGGAUCCUCUUCCGAUCCUCGGUCGUGCCGUCGCCGGUUGUACCAAUCGCAACAGCGUUGGAGAAACUGCAGCAAGGGAUUCACUAGAGCAAGUAGUUUCUGAGGCACUUGCACAAUCGGGGUCUGAUAAAUCAGAUGUUCGCGGUGUAUGCUUAGGUGUUUCAGGUGUAAAUCAUCCCUCGGACCAGGAAAAAAUAGAAAAUUGGAUAAGGGACAUGUUCCCUAGUCAUGUCAAGGUCUAUGUUCAGAAUGAUGCUAUAGUGGCUUUAGCUAGUGGAACCAUGGGAAAGCUCCAUGGCUGUGUUCUAAUCGCUGGUACAGGAUGUAUAGCCUAUGGCUUUGGUGAAGAUGGCAAGGAGGCUAGGGCUUCUGGUGGAGGACCAAUCUUAGGCGAUUGGGGAAGUGGCUAUGGAAUUUCUGCACAGGCCUUAACGGCGGUGAUCAGAGCUCAUGAUGGUCGUGGCCCAGAAACGCUGCUUACAAGUACCAUCUUAAAAGCACUUGGACUUAGUUCUCCAGAUGAACUCAUCGGGUGGACAUACGCUGAUCCAUCGUGGGCACGUAUCGCGGCUCUUGUUCCUCACGUAGUAUCUUGUGCAGAAGCUGGUGAUAAAAUUUCAGAUAAGAUCUUGGUUGAUGCAGCUGAUGAUUUAGCUCUAAGUGUGAAAGCUGUUGUACAAAGACUUGGUUUAUGUGGCGAAGAUGGCACAGCUUCUUUCCCAGUUGUAAUGGUAGGCGGAGUCCUAAACGCUAAUCGGAAAUGGGACACUGGAAAAGAAGUCUCAAACCGCAUUAUCCGAUACUUUCCCGGGGCUCAAACUAUCAUACCAAAGGUAGAGCCAGCUGUUGGAGCAGCAUUGUUGGCCAUGAACUUCUUAACAAGUUAACAACAGAACCAGUCGGUCACGUAAAGCAUUAUUAUUUGCAAUCAAUGUUUCUAACAUUUAGACAUGCCAUAGUGAUAUAUAUGUUUUUUUCCUUACUGUGGUUAUGGGUACAUAUGUACAAUAGCGCAUAAGAAUGUCGUUGUCAAUUUCCAAUUCUUUUUUUUGAUGAUC